UGUGCUACUAUGGAAGGGUUAUAAAACCACACUUGCUAUGGGAAUAUAGUUGCAUACCUACAUGCAGACUUGCAACUGCUGUGAAACAUGACUCAAAGACAAGAUCUAAAUGCUCUGCCAAGGAGGAAAAACAGUUGCAGUCGUCAAAAAAAUUUGGCUUGAACAGAAAAGAAAAGAGAGCAUUAAAAAGAAGAUUAUUACAGGAUAUAAAGGAUACUGCUAAAGGUCAUGUUUUCAAACUUCUGUACCCAUGGAAAACAAAACUUGAAUUGGCAGAACAUCUUAAAAACACAGAAGUAUAUAACGAUGGUGGACUCGUUGCCCUUUGCAAACCAUAUGGCAUUCAACAAGUCAGUGCAGUUUCCACACAAACAGAAGGUCAACAAACUAUAGUACAAACUGUGAACAGUGGAGGCUUUCCGGAGCAUGUACCAUCAGUACAGGAUACAUUACCUGUUUUAAAAGAGAUGUAUGGUGUGAGUCAUCUUGAAGUGGUCAAAUCAACUGAGAGAUGGAGUAGUGGUCUCAUGCUUCUAAGUACCAAUAAAAAACUAACUGAAAAUGUGCAGAAGAGCUUAAGGCGAUCCAAGGCAUUCAAGCAGUCACCCCUGACUUAUUGGGCAGUGACUGUAAGCCUUCCCCGACCUACAGUUACUGAAACAAACGCUGCGUUUACUUUGGAAUACGUUAACAAUAUAGGCAAAGUUCCUGUGAUUAUGAAGAAUUAUUCUCAAGCAGGUGUGAAGAGAGGAGAAGUCAAAUUGUCUCUUGUUAAGCAUCAAAUACUGACGUAUAACAAGAGCAUAGAUGCAGCGCUUGUUGAGGUUAAAACUCAAUCUCUUAAGUGGCAUUUUCUUCGAGUUUGGCUUGCGCAUAGUUACAGCCCAGUCCUUGGGGAUGCUCUGUAUUCACAAAGAGUAAAGAUGGUUGUAGGAAAAAAACUGCAAAUAAGCCCUCAUAAUCUUACUGCUUAUGAACCACAGGUCAUACCAGAAAAGCUAUUCUCAAAAUUGGAACUACCUUCUCAGGCAGUAGAAAUAAUCCCAUGUCAUCUGCACCUGGCUGAAGUUCAACUUGCUCAUUUCAAUAAAGACAAAUCUGACUUAAUUCUUUCGGCACCUCCACCAGAUUUCUUUGCGUGGACAUGCAAGCAGUUGGGGCUUAUGUCUGAUGAAGAUGAUGCAGCCAAAGCUGACUCAAAGUAGAUAAGAAAAGUUUAGGAACAGCCUUUGUGAAUCUCUUUCAACAGACCGGCUGUAUCCCACCAAGGCAGGGUGGCCCAAAAAGGAAAAAUGAAAGUCACUUGUGAAUAUUUUGUUAAAUAAUAGUAUGUUGCCUUUGUGCAAAAAAUAUUUUAAGGCAUGCCUAUUGAAAAUUAAACAUACCAAUAAAUAUUUA